CGGAAGUGCGGGAAUUUCAAUGGAAGACGUCUUAUAGGGAAUGUUGUUUACCUAAUAAAAAGUAAAAAUGGUAAUUUCGUGUUGUGCUGUGGGCUGCACCAACAGACAAGGCCACAAGCCAGGGAUUUCCUUUUACAGGAUUCCUAAAAAUCCAGAGCGAAGACGCCAGUGGAUCGCAGCUAUAAAUCGUAAAAGUUGGGAACCAACUGCUCUGUCAAGACUAUGCAGCGAACAUUUUUUAAAUGGUCAGAAAAGUGACAAUCCUUUGUCUCCAAAUUAUGUGCCAACAGUUUUUGCACACACCAAGUCACCACAGAAGAGAAAAGCAAUUACCAAUCUUAAUAAUUUUCAGCGGAGGGAAGCAAUGAAGAAGAGGAAGAGGCAGGAGGGAGAACACAGGCAAGCAGCAAAACAACUGUCUAUGGACAAGGAUACACUAUCAAUAGGCCUACAAGAUGAUGGCCAUGAAGAUGGGAUUGCUGAUGAAGAUGCUGUCAUUGGUGACUGCCAAGCCUCAUUAUCCAGCAGUGUGAUGUGUCAGACUGAGAUGUCAUCUGAAGACAUAUCAUCCUUACUUUUUGAGUGUCAGCAACUGCAGAAAGAGAACACUGAACUCAAGGAGAAAAUCAGGUGUUUAGACCUGUUUGAACAAAACAGUUUUGAAAACAAAGAUGAGAAGGUGAAGGCUCUGACUGGCUUGCCUAAUUUUCAGGUGCUGAUGGCAGUUUUCAGUUUUAUGAAGCCAUCACUCAGUAACAUGUCAAAUUUGACAUGCUUUCAGCAACUGAUGUUGACAUUCCUUAAACUUAAACUUAAUGUGUCAUUUACAUUUUUGUCAUAUUUAAUUGGGGCACACACAUCUACAGUUUCUAAAGUUUUUAGAAAUGUUAUUAAUAUUUUAAAUGAACGACUUGUGCCUGUUUCUGUGGUAUGGCCUGAGCGUGAAAAUGUGCAGAUCUCCCUGCCAAUGUGCUUUCGUAAGUCUUUUAAAAGAUGCAUGGCAAUCAUUGACUGUUUUGAGAUAAAUACUGAAAAACCAAAGGAUUUAAAGGCAAGAGCACAAACAUACUCACAAUAUAAGUCACAUAACACUAUGAAGUACCUAAUUGGCAUUACACCUCAAGGGGUGAUAUCUUUUAUAUCUAAGGGCUGGGUGGGCGGACAACUGACUGGCAUAUCACUGUGAACAGUGGUUUUUUGGACAAACUCCUCCCAGGAGACUUGAUCCUGGCUGACAGGGGUUUUACCAUUCAGGAUCAGGUGGGGCUAUACUGUGCAAGGGUGGAAACACCAGCCUUUACACGAGGCAAAAAACAGCUGGGUGCUGUGGAACUUGAGGACUCACGAAAGCUGGCAGCUGUCCGCAUACAUGUGGAAAGAGUAAUUGGCCAAGCUCGAAAAAAAUGUAAGAUGUUGCAGGGACCUGUGCCUAUUACAGUCCUAUUACAUCCAAGGAUGGUACAGACUACACCACUCUGGACAAAACAGUCAGAGUGGCAUGUGCUCUUACCAAUCUCUGUCCCUCAGUGGUGCCAGUUGAUUGAAUAAUUUUAAGCCACAAUAUAUAGAAUGAAAUCAUCAGAGUGAAGAGUUCAUAUCACUCAUUUUCUCUGGUUCUUAGGGAUUUUACAACAACAUUGUCAUGUAAUGAUUUUUAAAUCAGUUCAUCUGAUGCAAAAGAUAGAUACAUGGUCAUUUCAUUUUCAGACCACAAUGAUAUUUAACAGUGUCACACAGGCUGUACAGAGUACAUGUUUACAAAUCUAUUAAAAUAAUUUCAAAUGAAACAGAUUGCUCUUAUUUGUAUUUAUUUACACAUCGUCAAUGAAGAUUCUCCAUCAUCCAGAUCAUUUUCAUUCAAAAAGAGUUAAAUCAAGGUGUCUGGACUUGUAAAGUAUUUACACAUCACAACAUUAAACGGAUGUAUAAAAUCUAAAUUGAUUCCUCCACA